GAGCCUGUUGAAUUUUUUGCUCCAACAGUUUUGGUACACUUUGAGUGUCUCUGUAACUACCAAUGCUUAUAAUUAUUGGAGUAACUAAGUGAUCUAAUCCUCCCUCCGCCCCCAUUUAAUGUUGUGGGUUUUACUUGGCAUGUGUGGUUGGGGUUUAGAAAGAAAUGGCAGAAUAUGAACUGGACAUUUUUUUUGCUUAAAAUGGAAAUGAAAGACUAUGUGUGGACAACCUGAAAGGACUAGCUAUGAUAUUACAACGAGCCGUUCAUCCAAGUUGUCUUUCCCCAUUUAUUUCUGAAUGAUGGCAAUGAUGAUAAUAAGUUAUCGCCAGAGAGUUUCAACUGAGACAAAGCUGUGUUUACGCAUCCAUUUCUGAAUGUGGUUGCUUCUUUUCUUAUGGGAUUUUAAGUUUAGAUAUUCAAUUCUAAAUAUUUGAUUACUUUCAUGCUUUUUCGAAUUGUCAAUUACUUUCAUGUUGUGUGUGCGUUAAUGGAUCAGGAUUUGACAUAAGAUGAUUUUUAAUAUAAAAAACAUUUGGAUUGCAAGGUACGGAUCAUGAAAAGGCUUAGGCAUCCGAAUGUUGUUCUAUUUAUGGGAGCUGUCACUCGUCCUCCAAAUCUUUCAAUUGUCACAGAAUUUCUACACAGAGGCAGUCUCUACAGAUUGAUACAUCGUCCCAACAAUCAAUUAGAUGAACGGAGACGAUUGAGGAUGGCUCUUGACACAGCACGAGGAAUGAACUACUUGCAUAAUUGCACCCCAAUGAUAGUUCAUCGCGAUCUGAAGUCUCCAAAUCUCCUAGUUGAUAAGAACUGGGUGGUGAAGGUAUGUGAUUUUGGGUUAUCAAGAAUGAAGCACAGCACGUUUCUUUCUUCACGGUCAACAGCAGGGACGGCAGAGUGGAUGGCUCCAGAAGUGCUAAGGAAUGAACCAUCUGAUGAAAAAUGUGAUGUAUAUAGCUUUGGUGUGAUAUUGUGGGAGCUUUGCACCCUGCAGCAACCGUGGGGAGGCAUGAACCCCAUGCAAGUUGUUGGUGCUGUUGGAUUUCAGCACCGUCGCCUAGACAUACCGGAUGACAUGGAUCCUGCCAUUGCAGACAUCAUUAGACAAUGUUGGCAGACGGAUCCAAAGUUACGUCCGUCAUUUACUGAUAUCAUGGCUGCUCUAAGACCUCUGCAAAAGCCGGUUAGCAACUCCCAAGUUCCAAAGGCUCAUCCGCCACCCGGAGGCCAAGGGAAGGGUAAUUAAGCUGUUGCAGAAUCCACAAGCUAAGAUUGAGUUUUCCAAAGGCGCCAGCCGCUGAAGACACAUACUGAAUUGAAAUUUAUUUUAUGGAAGGAGAAACAAUUCAAAUUAUUGGAUGCAUUGAAUGGUCGAUCGGUGCCAAAACAUACUCCAUACUAGGAUGUGCCAUUUUUUUUUCUCUUUCUUCUUUCUUUCUUUCUUUUUCAUUUUUUUACUGUUUGGCUUAUAUAUUCAUUUGCCAUCAUCCUCCAAGUGUGAAUUCGUUUGUAGAUUAAUUUUGGAAUCUUGUGUAAUUAAUUACACAUGAACAUUGCAGGGCUUUUAAUCAGCCUCAGCUUCAAAAAAAUGUGGUGAAAAAAAGUUAACAAGUGAUUUUUUCCCCUAAUGAAAUAUACGCUUUAGUGGUAG